AUGCCUGGAGACAGAGAUGACGAGAUUUGUCAAAAGGCACUGGAACUCCUGUCAGAUCUUUGCUCGAAGGGGGAAGUGCAGAACGAAAACUGUCUGGAUUUUAUCUACUAUUUCCGAGACCUCGCCAGGCCACGGUACACGGAUUCAGACAUAUCGGUGAGUCUGCUGUCGCUCGUCGUGACCGCCUGCGGCUUGGCCCUGUUUGGAGUCUCCCUCUUUGUCUCUUGGAAGCUCUGCUGGAUACCAUGGAGGGAGCGCGGGCUCUCCCCCACCACCAAGGAGGCCCACGGGCACCUCAACCCCACCAUGAGCCCUCUGCCCGCACAGCCUGCACCCAGACAGCCGGUGUACACGGCCGUGGACCCCCCGAUGCACAACCGCCGUGAGUCGUCGCACUGCUCCAUGGCCAGGGAGCCCACUCCCGUGGCGUCCGUGGUGUCGGUGGAGGCUCCUGUGACUCCUGUGUCCCCCCCACCCGUGGUCAUGGCCACACCAGAGGCAGCUAUGAAGAUCAGCCACACAUCUCCAGACAUACCGCUGGACGCCCAGAGCAAAAGCCGGGAAAAUGGGGUUCACACUAACCCCCGUAUGCAGAGACAAACCACGGAACCGCCUCCCUCUGGUCGCUCCAUGUCGGAAAUUGGACAAGGGUCCAUCCGCAGACACAUGAACCUCUCUAACCCAGACUUCAACGUGGCCCAGUUCCAAAGGCAGGACUCCCUCACCGGAAUGGGCCUGGGCCUGGGCCGCCUCAAACCGGAGCUCUACAAACAGCGCUCCCUCGAGGGCGACGAAGGCAGUCGGAGAGGCGGAGGCUGUGGGUGCCUCCACUUCAUCCUCAAAUUUGACUGCGACCUCGAACAGUUAAUAGUUAAGAUCCACAAAGCAGAGGACCUCCCAGCCAAGGACUUCUCCGGUACCUCUGACCCGUACGUUAAGAUCUACCUGCUGCCCGACCGCAAGACCAAGCACCAGACCAAGGUGCACCGCAAGACGCUGAACCCUGUGUUCGACGAGGUCUUCCUGUUCCCCGUGGCGUACUCCGAGCUUCCCACGCGCAAGCUGCACUUCAGCGUCUACGACUUCGAUCGCUUUUCGCGUCAUGACAUUAUCGGUCAAGUGGUGGUGGACAACUUCCUGGAUCUGGCUGAUUUCCCCAGGGAGACCAAGCUCUGCCGGGACAUUCAGUACGUCUCCUCGGAUAACGUGGACCUCGGGGAUCUGAUGUUUUCACUCUGCUACUUGCCUACUGCGGGCAGAUUGACCAUUACCAUGAUAAAGGCUCGCAAUCUUAAGGCCAUGGAUAUCACCGGGGCAUCCGAUCCAUAUGUGAAGGUUUCGUUAAUGUGCGACGGCCGCAGGCUGAAGAAGAGGAAGACGUCGACGAAGAGGAACACUCUGAAUCCGGUGUAUAAUGAAGCCAUUGUCUUUGAUGUCCCUCCAGAAAACAUAGAACAGAUCAGCCUUUUGAUUGCAGUGAUGGAUUAUGACCGUGUAGGCCAUAAUGAGGUCAUUGGUGUGUGUCGAGUUGGCAAUGAUGCAGACAACCUCGGUCGAGACCACUGGAGUGAAAUGCUCACAUAUCCUCGAAAACCUGUCGCCCACUGGCAUCCUCUGGUUGAGUACCAGGGGACCACAGGUAGUAGCCAGGGUGGAUCCUGUAAUUCUCUGAAGACGCCUCCCUCUCCGUAG